AUGUCGCAGAAACCUCACUCAAAGGCGUCCCCGGGAGUGCUGGCCAUAAACCCGUCGGCGACGCAGAAGGGCGCUCCAGCAACCACAUCGUCGAGGGGACAUUCCAGCAAAGCAAAUGUCCCUCGGCUAAAGCUUCAUGUCAGGCGUCUGCCACCGGGUAUGACACAGGGCGAGUUUGAGUCUGCUCUCGGAGAUCACUGGAAAGUCGGACGAGGGAAAAUCGAUUGGUUUCUGUUUAAAGAAGGGAAGGUGUCUACUGACCCGUCGAAACCAUCUCGUCCUGGGAGGGCUUAUUUACGAGUUACUUCUUCGGUUACUAUCCCAGAACUGUCAGAUGUUAUCCGCCAAACGCCGUUUCAAGAUGCGCGAAAUAGCUACAACGAUUCCGCCCUACUUGGACCACCGACGCUGGAGUACGCCCCCUUUUCACGUGUGCCUAGUGGGAAGGUUCGAAACGAUGCUCGGGUAGGCACCAUUGACCAGGAUGCGGAGUUCAUUGCCUUCCUGGAGAGCCUGACGAACCCGGUUACCAAACCAUCUGAUGAGGAGACCGAAAGCGCAGAAAAGGUAGAGCGACCUGCUAUCACGCCGCUGAUCCAAUACUUGAGAGACAAGAAAGCGAACAAGGCGAAGGAGGCAGCCACGUCGUCGAAGCCGUCGAAGCAAUCACGAUCAGCCGCUGUUAAAGAGAGCAAGGCUGAUAAGUCGCAUGGGAAGAAGCAGCUUCUCAGCCGUGCGGAAAAAUCAACAUCAGAGAAACAGAAGAAGGACAAGGCAACAAAGGAUGCUGCUGUAAAGGAUGUUGUAAAGGCUACGAACAAGCAGGCUGCAAACGGCCCCGCGAAACCAGAGAAUAAGGGCAACUCUGGGCAAUCAAAUCCACCGACUACCUCACCGGCCCCCGAGCGGAGGAGGGAAAGAGGAAAUCUCAGUGCGGCCACCAAGAUCCUUCGACGAGACUUAGGCCUUACUGCUGCUCCUUCACGAAGAAGGGAGAAGGCCGGCCAGUCAUCAUCCCCUUCUAGGCCUAACAGCAAUACGUCUGCCGCCGAAGAUACCAAGAAGGAUCGACCAUCAAGCUCAAAGCCUGAAGAUAACAAGCCAGCAUCUACACCCAAGACUAAGGGUAACGCCGAUUCAACGCCAAAGUCUACACCGGGCAAACCGCUGAAAGGCACUCCACCCACGGAGCCAGCAGCAGCCCGAAACGCAGCGGCGGCCAGGAGGGCAGCAACACCUCCAUCUACCGGCCCAUCCCCGAAUACAAAGACACCAGGGUCUUCUGGCCCCAAGAAUCAGCAGCAGCAGCAACAGCAGCAAAAACAGUCCUCCCAGUCGUCAACGGCCAUAACCCAAGCAUUCCUAAAACAUGCCAACCCAUCCCAGGGCGUAACGGAGGAUCUACUUGAAAAAGGAUUCUCGCAGUUUGGCAAGGUCAUACAUGUAGAAAUUGAUAAGAAGAAAGGCUUCGGUCAGGCUCUGCUCCUACGCCUACUCCCGCUUCUCGGGGGACUCCUCAAGGGCCUCGUGGUGGUAGAGGGCCGAGACGAGGAGGAUAUGGUCGAGGGGGCGGCGGCGGCGGCGGUGGUGGUGGUGGAGGACGCGAACCUUUCAGACCUCCUCGACACCCACCUUGCCAGGCCGACCGAAGUCAGACGCCACGACAAGGUCAAGAUCAUCACCACUCUCUAG